AUGCAGGCAACCCUAGCCCCUGUGGUCCUCCUGGUAUGCAUCACAGCUCUGGGCAUCCCCGUGCUCUCAGGCACCCUGAGAGGCAGCAGCAGGAUCGUAGGGGGCCGAGAGGUGGCACCCCACUCCAGACCCUUCAUGGCGUCCCUGCAGCUGGGGGAGAAACACAUCUGCGGGGCGGUGCUGGUGCGGCCUCGCUGGGUGCUGACGGCUGCGCACUGCGAGGUGUCUGGGAACCUCAGCGCCUUCAGGUUGGUGCUGGGGGCCCACGCCCUGCAAACGCCUGAAAGCACGUGGCAGGUGUUCACCAUAGAGAGAGCCGUGCCCUACCCGCUGUACGACGCUCAGCUCGACACCCACGACCUGCAGCUCCUCAAGCUCAACGCCUCCGCCCAGCUCACCAGUUCCGUGCGCCCGGCGGCCUUGCCCUACCCGAGCCUGGUUCUGCGACCAGGCACUAGGUGCCGGGUGACAGGCUGGGGCGACACCACGGGUCAGGAUGACCCGCCGGCCGCGCUCCUGGAGGCUGCCGUGGUCGUCCAGCCUCGCGACCCCUGCAAUGCGUCCUGGGGCGGCGCCCUGACGGUGGACAUGCUGUGCGCCUCCGCGCGCUCCAGGGACCGGCGAGGCGUGUGCGGGGGCGACUCCGGCGGCCCCCUCCUGUGCCGAGGCCAGCUAGCCGGCCUUGUGUCCUUCUCGUCGUCGCUGUGCGGGGACGCCCGCCACCCGGACGUCUACGCGCGAGUCUCCACUUUCGUGUUCUGGAUCCGAGACGUGCUGCUGCACUACUAAGUGGGGGAGGGGGCUCUGACCGCAAAUAAAACCUUUCUGCCUGUGC